AUGCUUGCUAAAAUUUGUGUGUUUGGUGCUAGUUCUAAAGUGUCAGUUUCGCUAUUCACAUUAAGGAAUAUUCGAAUCUAUUCUGCUGUGAUGUCUAAAUUUGAUCUUCCUGAUCGUUUAAAAGGAAAUGAUAAGUCUGUGUGGGUUGAAUACAUUCAGCUUGCUUUAAAAUAUAAACCAUUGAACUUGGGACAAGGAUUUCCAGAUUUUCAUGCUCCUGAAAAUGUGACUAAAGCUUUAGUUGCUGCAACUGCCAGUGAUAAUCCUCUUUUGAAUCAAUAUACUAGAGGAUUUGGUCAUCCACGUUUAGUACAUGUUAUUGCAAGAUUGUAUUCAAAGCUUUUGAAUUACGAUUUAGAUCCAAACAAUGAAGUUAUUGUUACUAAUGGUGCAUAUGAAGCAUUAUAUGCUACAUUGCAAGGCCAUACAAACCCUGAUGACGAAUGGAUAAUUAUUGAACCCUUUUUCGAUUGCUAUGUACCUAUGGUAAAAUCUGCUGGCGGAAUCCCUAGGUUCAUUGCCUUAAAACCAAAAAGUACAAAUGCAUCUCUUAGUUCAGCAGACUGGGUAUUUGAUAGGCAAGAGUUGGAAAGUCUGUUCAAUGAGAAAACUAAAGGAAUAAUUAUUAAUACCCCACAUAAUCCUGUGGGAAAAGUCUUUACAUUGGAUGAAUUACAGUUUAUUGCCAACUUAACUAAGAAAUGGAACACACUUGUUGUGUCAGACGAAGUUUAUGAAUGGAUCGUAUAUGAACCAUAUAAACAUAUUAGGAUUGCAACAUUACCUGAUAUGUAUGAACGCACAAUCACCAUUGGUUCUGCUGGUAAAACAUUCAGUGUUACUGGAUGGAAAAUAGGAUGGGCCUAUGGUCCAGCUAAUUUAUUGCAUAACUUACAAGUUAUUCAUCAAAAUACUGUAUAUACAUGCAAUACUCCGGUCCAAGAAGCAGUAGCUGUCGGAUUUGAGCAAGAGUUAGAAAGAUUUGGUCAACCAGAUUGUUACUUUGUGAGUUUAGCAAAGCAGCUAGAACCAAAACGGGAUUACAUGGCUAAAUUUCUUAACAAUGUAGGAAUGAGACCAACAAUCCCAGAGGGUGGUUAUUUUAUGAUAGCCAACUGGACAGCUUUAAAAGAUAAAGUUAGGUUAGAGGAAGAAACUGAUGAGAAUAGAGAUUACCGGUUUACCAAGUGGAUGACAAAAAACAUUGGACUUCAAGGAAUUCCGCCAUCCGCAUUUUAUAGUCAUGAACACAAACACCUAGGAGAAGAUAACGUCCGAUAUUGCUUUAUAAAGAAGGAUGAAAAUUUAAAAAAAGCAGCUGAAAUUUUGUUGAAAUGGAAAUCUCAAUAGUAGUUCUCGGAAGUUUACUACUACCUGUCUCACUAUUAAAAUGAAAAUUUUUAUUUAAGAGGUAAUAUUACACAUUCUACGCAGAGAAAUCUCCACGAAGCCACUUUUUUCCAUCUUUGGUAUCAGCUCCGAAUGUUUUACCAAAUCUGUGUCGUGUAAAUAAACAAUUUAUACUUUC